CUGCAUAUUUUAUUGACAUUCCUUCACGUGAUUACGACAAUUUGGGCUUCCGAGCUUCGAAAACUGCCUGACAAAUCAACAAACCAGCGGGAAAUUCCGGAAAAUUCCGUCACAGCAUGUUGUGAGUUGUCGGGGCGGAGCAUCUCAAUCUCUUCGUCCAACUCUCUCGCCUCCGUACUCGAGGGUUUAGCUUCUCACCUUUCCAUGGUCCCCGACAGUCGAAUUCCUCGCGUGCAAUGUCGCUGUCGUCGUCACAAUCCCUAACGACCUUUUCUCGCCGCCUUGUCGUACCUGGUCGUUGACUCUGCCUGGCAACUUUACCACGAGCGACGUGGAUUUUCCCGAAUCGCUCCCGGUUCUGCUCCUGCUGCAUUUGUCGUGGUCAAAUUGCAAAUCGAGCUCCAGAGCUCAAGCGAGACAGACAGAGGUGGCGUCUGAUCUUGUCUUUCUGUUCGAUCAGCGAGAAGAGCUCCGUCACAAUCAACUCUGUCGUUCUAAGAUGGACGAUGGGAAGUCUAACCUGGGCGAGGAGGCCACCGAUGUGAAGAAGGACAAAAUAAAUGCUAUAUGGGCGCAACUAAACGCGAAGAAGGAGACUCCAACUGUAGGCCGCAAUGCUGGAGUUCCUUUUUUUGGAGUUGCGUCCAAGCCCGUGAAGCAAACAGAAACUUCCAACAAGUCGGCGAGUGCUGUGCCGAGCUGGAUGGUGAAUUUAGGAAUAGCUCCCAAGAAACCGUCAUCCGUCACAGACAACAUCGGGAAGACAAAUCAGCCGCUGUCUAUAGAGGAUAUACUGAAGAAACAAGAGACUUCCUCCAGCAUAGACACGGGCAAGAAGCAAGAGAGCGCAAGUGUAGAAGAUCAAGAAGCAGGCAGUGAAGAUGUCGAGAAUGAAGAUGCCCGAAAAAUUGCGGCUGCAGCUUUAGCGUCUGCGAAAGCGGCUACCAAGGCAUCCACUGAUGGCAAAAUGGAGAUCAACGAAGUGCGGGACUUUGCGGGAGAAGAGGUGAGGAUAACUAAGUUUGUUGAUCCUAAUUCCAAGGCUGCUGUGGCUGCGAGGAAGAGAGCAGAAAUGCAAGCCGCCUCGUCAUCGGGUUUGGACGCCCUUUUACAACAGAUCGGGAAGAAGCAGAAGUUGAACAUCUUAGAUAAAUCUAGGAAGGACUGGGGAGAGUUCAAGGAAGAUAAAGGUAUAGAAGUAGAGCUCGAAAUGCACAAAAAGAGUGGGGAUACUUACACCGAGAAAGUAGCGUUUCUUCAGAGAGCUGAUGUAAGAGAAUACGAGAGAGAGAGGGAUGCUCGUCUGGCUUUGCAAUCCAAGAGACGGAACGAAUCUGGCUCCUUGGAAUAAUGAACAAAUGAUACACGUCUCCUGAACGAAUGAGCUAAACUGCGAGCGUUUGAAGUAUACAUGAUGUUGCGUUCAUUGCAUUUUCCAGCGUGAUGCAUAUAUAGUCAUCGGCUUUGCUUGUCACAUGUUCGAGCUGUCACCAUCAACACAACGUCAUAUCGUCCUCUUUAAUGCAGGGCAUGCAAGGGUAACCUGUGAAUGAUGUGUGCUACCCAGUACAACAGGGUAUUCAUGUGUUCCUUCUCGGAAAGCCUUCUCAGUCGGCGCUAAAGACUCCGUAUACAGUGCUUUAUCUCCCUCCUUCUGCGUGGUUUAUUGAAGCUCUUCGAUACUUCCCAUGCGGUUAUUUGUUUUUGUUAUUAAACAAGUUUACAUGUUAAUUC